AUGUCCUCUACGCCGGGCAUCAUCGUUCCCUUCGAGCUAUCAGCGCACUCUCAUCUCGUUCCUUACCUCGCGGCGCUUCAUGCUUCAUGUAUCACACAUGAUCACACAAUCGCCACCUUUCUGCUGCCGCUGUCACACGAGAAGCUGCUAGCUUGGUGGAAAGAACGCAUUGGGGAGACAAAUGGAGAGAAGAGGGUGAUGCUGCUUCUGGUGAGCGACCUCGAUCCAAACGGCGCCAUCAGAGGCCCAGAAAUCAAAGGAGUCGUCAUGCUAUGGAUGCCAUAUUCAGAGACGGGCUCGUUCCGAGGCUUUGUAGAAAAUCUCCUUGUGCAUAAGUCACAUCGAGGCAAAGGUGGCGCGAAGCUGCUUGACACCGAGAGCGGCAGCCAGGCAGAGGCCGUUUUCAAGACUCUUGGUUACACCGAGCUUGGAAAAGUCCCAGGAUACGGCAUGAGCCCGGCAGGAGGUUUAAAAGAUGGCACAUUCUUCUAUAAGACGCUUCAGCUAUGA